AUUAUUAAUGCGUAAGAUGUUUUUUUUUUCAAGAUAUAUCGAUAAAAUGCUUUUAAACCUGCAAAUUAAGCGUGCAUAAUGUCGAUCCUGAACUUAUUUAAUCUCGUAUCUUAAUAAUCGCACUUUAUUUCUGCAGAUUUAAAGAGAUUAUUUAUUUUGUUAUACUAUUAUUUAUUAUUAAAAUCAUUUUAUUCAUAAUAAAAGUUUCGCUAAACGAGUCAAACGUGGUUAAUAUUCAUUUAAGAGAAAUUAUAUGCAAAUGAUUUCUCUUUAAUUUAUUUACCAUUGUUUUACUCUGCUUUUGAGAUCUGCCUCCAAUUGAACACUGAAAUUUAAGGUCUAUGAUACGUCGUAGAGAAUGAAGGUCGAUGCAUAUCGAAUACAUGCGUCGAGAUCGGUGGAUCUAGCUCAGAUGCAUUAUACAGUUAUCAUCAUCGAGAACCAACAUUCCCGUCAUUAUGGGUAUCGUCCAAGCGCUUAUCAAUAAGCACAGCGAGUUCUUCGUGGCGGUCGCUGGUCCAACCGGUCCGCCAUGCGUCCCCUGCGUUGAAGAGGUGGACAGGAAGCCUGGGAAUCCUGGUAGCUUCGAGGAUCUUCACGCGAAAAUCAAGGAACUCCAUCCGCAUAACUUCGAGGGCGCUUACUUGCUGUUGCGGAAGACUCUGAGCAAACACUUCAACGUCACUUACAAGAUGACCUUGAGCUCCGGGACGCCGUACGGACUGAGAUUCGGUGUGAACUACGUCGGCACCAAGUGCGUAGAACCAUCGGAGCGAUAUCCGGCGGUCUCGGGCGAGAUCACGCCGAGUGGCAACCUGAACGCCAAGCUCGUCCACGCGCUUGGCUGCAGGUGCCGGUUCAAGCUCGCCGCGCAGGUCGCCGACAGAAAGUACAAGGCCGUCAGCUCCAGCUUGGAGUAUCGCACGGACGACUGCACGAUGGCGUUAACUCUGGCGAAUCCGGAUCUCGCCAAGCUGCACGGCACGCUGGUGUUGCACUAUCUGCAGGCGGUCACGCCGAGGACCACCCUGGGCACCGAGGUCGCGUGCCUGCGCAACUCCCUGCUGCCCGGCACUCAACGGACGGUGAUGUGCGUCGCAUUCCGCCACAGCACCGGACCAUCCACGCUGUCCGCUACGUUCGGCGAGGCGGGCAUCCACGUGUGCUAUCAUCGGAAAGCGAGCCAGCAGCUGCAACUCGGCGUCGAGAUUGAGACGAACACGCGCGUCCACGAGUCCGUCGGCACGAUAGUGUACCGCGUCGACAUUCCGUACGCGGACUUCGUCUGCCGUGGUUUCGUCAAUUCGGAGACCAGCGUAGGCGCGGUGUUCGAGAAGAGGCUCUAUCCCAUUUCUGAGGCCUCGUUAGUUAUAAGCGGUCUCCUGAACCACAAGAAGCAGCAGUUUCGCGUCGGCAUUGGCCUGAAUAUCGGUUAACGACGCUUCCUCCGAUUGAUCAGGAGGAAGUUUAAAAAAUUAACUCGCACACGUCGAGCGUUAAUCUCGACGUGUUUCUGAUUUGAUCCAGAGAAAAUCGAAUUUCGGAGAUCGUUUUUAAGUAUUGGACGCAUAACUACCUAAUUACUUAAUUGUAUGUAUUAGAAUGCGAUUGAUCGUUUUUAUACGCACGCGUAUUUUACGUGAUAGAAGAACGUCUCGCGCGAAAACUAUUAAAUACUUAUAUUAUUAAAUACUUUGGAAUGCAAGUUUUUCUUUUUUACAAUACCAUUGAUCGGUCGAACGCAAAGAUAUAAUCUACUUAUAUUUUCAAACACUCGUUCACAUAUAUCGAUGCUUUUAUACAGACUGUAAUUUUUAUACCCAAUAAACUAUGAUUUUUAUAAUUACGAUAUUUAAC